AGGGCUCUAGACGUCAAGCGGAAGGGAAGCGGCCUCACCGCCUUUAAAUGGCAUUGCUUGUCAUCUGAGCAUGCUCCUGUGUGGGCAGGCGAGGGGUAUAUAAUGACUGGGAGCACGGCGAGUUCCAGCAAGCCACAGAAGCAGCUUGACGGGGGAGCGUGAGAGCGAUUCUGCACCGCGCACGCGUCUACUGCGCCGAGGAAGGCUAGUCGCUGACAGAAGCAGGAUUACCUCCGCGCGCUUUUUCGGCUGAGAAGGAGAAGAGGGGACUCACCCCCACUGCCGGCGGCAUUCUCACCUCCUUUCCCGUUUCUCGUAUCUUCCUUGAGAGGAAAGCUCAAACAGCAAAUAAGUAAAGCAGAAACCCUAAGAGAAGCAACACCCAGCUGGUGCCAAGUGCCGCGGGCUUUAACUCGGCUCGCAGGUGGUCUCUGUCGCUCUCUUUUGCCUCAGGCAAGCAUGAUGGCAGCAGCAGCAGCCGCCAAGCCCACGGAGCUGAUAGGCAUCUGCUCGAGCUACCAGGCAGUCAUGCCGCACUUCGUGUGCAUCACCGAGGAGUUCCCUCAGCCCAUCCGGCCCGCCAAGCUGCCCAAGGGUAAGCUGCGCAGAGCCCGCCAGUCCCGCUUCAAGACGCAGCCGGUGACCUUCGAUGAAAUCCAGGAGGUGGAGGAGGAAGGGGUCUCCCCCAUGGAGGAGGAGAAAGCCAAGAAGUCUUUCCUGCAGUCCCUCGAGUGCCUCCGGCGGAGCACCCAAAACCUCAGCCUGCAGAAGGAGAAGAAGCUCAGCAGCUGCAGCCGGCUGAGAAACAGCCUGGAUUCCAGCGACUCCGACUCGCCCCUCUGAAGGAACGGCGUCGCGGCUCGGCAACCCGAGGAGAGACACUGACUGACUGACGGGACCCUCCCUUUGCCCUCCGGUCCCCCUGGCGCUGUGCUUCAUAAUGAAGUUGGUAGAUAUUAAUCCGAGAGGAACUUCGUAGAGCCUAUUUGUAAAUCCGAAAGGGACGGUUUCUGAAGAGACUUGGCGGCAGACGAUGUUUAUUUGGCUUUUUCCUUUCAUAGUUUCAAAUCCUCAAAGACAAGAGACUUGGGAAGAUCGUUCGAGUCCCCUCCCCAUCCUCGUUUCUUUCCCUUUUCCCUUUUCUGUUUUUCUAACUCUGAUAAAGAUCCGGUGUGAAUGUGGUAGAUUCCAGGGCACUUUGCCAGUAAGGUCGUGAUCUUUUUUUUCUUUUUUUUUAAGAAAGUGCUUGUAUGUAUGUUUCAACUUUGGCUGAAUUUCUCCCCUUUGAGAAAAUGAAGAAAAUAAAAAUUGCACAUUUUUUCUAACUGUUAAAAAAGAUGUUUUAUGAAUGCAAUCAGCUGCUGGACUUUAUAUUUAUUUUUGCAUUUAAACUCUUGACUGCAUUAACUUAAUAUGUUUAUACCCAGAUGUCUGUAAUUAUUUCCACAAAAGAGAAAUAAAA